UUAACUUACACAAAUCGAGUUCAAGAAUUGUUAGAACUAGUUUUUGCCAUUAGGCUUGUAUGAUUAAGAAAACGGAGCAGUAUUAUUAAAAUUCUUAAACAUGGCGCGAAGCGUCCUUGGUGCAGCUUUUGUUCUAUACAAAUAUUCACAACUUCAAACAACUGAUGUUUCCAGGAAAGCAGAAAGUGAAGAAUUAAUUUUACUUUCAGGAAAAUUUUGUUCUUUCAACGACAACAUUUCUCAGGUGGACCAUGGAACAGGACGAAUAGUUCUCCCUGCUGAAGGGUUUAAUAUGCUUGAGAAGCUGUGUUAUAUCCUAGACGAGAUCAAAUAUAUCUUUGUAGAAAAACCUAAAUUUCAAGGAAAGGUGAAGAGAUUUGCAGAUUUCAACUCAAUCAGUUCAAUUUAUCCUGGGACGUUUUGGUGCGGUCGUGGGAAUCUAAUCAACGGAACUAUGGGAGCAAUCGGACUUCUUGGAUCUUUAGACAGCUGUUGUCGGGAUCAUGACCAGUGUGCUGACAAUCUAGAGUUUGGGGAGUGCAGAUAUGGAUUGUGCAACCUGAGUCCUAUAACUGUAUCACACUGUGCUUGUGAUUCACAAUUCAGGGAAUGUUUGUUGAAUGCUAAUGUAGAUGAACAUAUCGCCAAUGUUGGAUACAUCUUUUUCAACAUUCUCAGACCUAAAUGUUUCAGAUUUAAAAGAAACAUGCCCCGAGGCAGGUCAUAUAUAGGACAAGAGCAGACCAGGGUUGACCGGAAGGUUAAAUCUCAAGAUUGGGAAGUUGCAAUGGAGGCUUACCUUGAUACAUCCGAGUUCCUUCCUGAUUUUAUAGUUCGGAUGUCAACUGUGCGGACACGUCUGGACAAAUAUAUUGCUCAGGUAAAGACUUGAAUAUCAUCCAGACAGAACAAACAGAAAUAUG